UGAUUUGCAGCCAGUCCCAAUAUAGUCGCCGCCCUAUCCUUGGACCCCUGUUAGCGAAAAUAAAAUCCCCCAGGCGGGACAUGGACAGUUCAGAGCUGCUGCAGCGAGUCUUGAAAUUCCCACCAACUUGACCUCCAAAUAAUACUUCAUCGAACUUCGUCCCUCUCUUCAUUCAGUAAUACCCUUUCUGCUUCAAUCGCCUGCAGACCGCCGAAAGACCCUUAUCUCAUCGACCCAGCGGGAGGGAGUAUCCGCCAAUGCGACAAGAACGACCCCCUUUCCUACGAUUGCAAAAACCAUGACCGAGCAAAUGGGUACUCCUGGGUCCACCGCUGACACCUCAGUAAAUGGGGGGAAGGUCGGGGCCCCGAAAGACAGGGCUUGUCCUUUCUGCCAUCAGCAAUUCACGUCCUCGUCGCUGGGACGCCAUCUCGACCUCUACAUAAAAGAGAAGAACCCGAAGCCUGCAGACGGAAUACACGAUGUCGAGGAGAUCCGAAAGAUGCGGGGAGGCAUCACAAGGAGGCAGCCAAGGAAUUCUGCGGCGCGGAGGGAGGCAUCUACGCCUGCAGGAACACCUGGGGCACAGGAGAGACGGAGUCUACCUCCCGAGUCCGACAUGCGGGGAAACAGAUCUCCAAUUUUGAGGGGGGAGGGUGGCGCCCAGGAAAUGUCGAAGUAUAUUGGGAAACCGAAACUUGUGAUAAAUAGACCUUCGUGGGAGACGACUGGUGUUAUGAACCAUAUUCCAGUUACCGGGAAUGGCGACGCGGUGCGGAGCUGGGAUGGGGAUGAUAGAGAUGGAAGAAGGAUAGAGAACAGGAAUAGGUCAGUCAGCAAGCAUGUGUUGGCAAAGACAGCAUUUGAGCAAAAGGAGAAGAUGAUGGAAGCUCUGGACAAUGCGAAAGCUGCGGAAUUGGCGUUGCGAGAGCUCCUGGGGUCCGUCAGAGCAGCAAAACAACGUAUAGAAGGACCGACAAUCUUUGACUACGACCCCCUAGCCCUCGACUUUCCUUCUCUAACCCUCAAAUGCCUUCUGCCACCCCCGACGCUCCACCAAGCCAACCCCUUUCCAACUUCAACAUCCUGGUCCAUCUCCCCCCCAGACGAACAACAAUACCAAGCCCUACGCUCUCACUUUGCCUCUGAAUUCCACCGCUGGCGCAUAUCCUGCGCAAUAGCAACCACUGCCCCACGCGAUGACCUCUCCUACCCACCCCAACUCUUCGCCCACCAUGAGGAUCCAGCAGAGGUAGCGCAGCGCGCCGAAGCUGAGGCUGCCGAGCUGGAGAGUAAAGUAUCGGAGCAUCUGCAUAGGGUAUUCACGCACUGGACUUCAUUGCCUCACCAAACACGAGUUGAGCUCUGGACGCUAGAACUCGCACGUAACGUGGGGCGCAAGAGCGAGGACAUCGAAAAACUGAAGAAAGAGAAAGAAUACGCGCAGCAAGAGGCAGCCCAUCUCAAAAUCCAAGUAGAUGAGUUAUCCCGGCUGCAACAUCCAAGGGAAUUUAGGUUGGCGCCACCGGUUACUAUACCUAUUGAUGGGCAACUUAUAAAUGCGCUUGGGGAAAUAGGCGUUAAUCAUGAAGGCGUGGGAUGGAGCAUCAUGAAUCGGAAUCUGCAUCUUGACACGGCUGUCCAAAGUGCUAUUGCGCGCUGGAAAGGCGUUGUCCGGGAGGCAAGAGGUGGUGGAUCAGGGACUACGGGCGGAAUGUCUGGUCAGCUCUCCUUGGGCGACAAAUCGAGCUCCAGCCACACGCCUGUGACGCCAAAGCAACCGAACAUGGGGCAAAAUAGGAAUCAUAGCGGCACGAAUCAAAGGAAUGUACAGAUGGCGAAUGGCACAGAUACUAUGGGUAGCGAUCAAGACGCAGACGCGGACGCGGAUAUGGAGGAAGAUGACAGCUUCGUGGAGAUGUCCGACGCCUCAGGUCAGAGAUCUCUAGAGGCGCCCAUGUCUCAAGGGACGAACUUCCGGCUAGCGAACGGGAGCGGGAAUUCAGCGACGCACCAGCAGCCCCAAGGGGGCAAUAGUGGACACGGCCCCGUGCUGGAAGGAAUGGAGAACCAGACCUGCGUCGGUGGCUACGUGAGAAUCGGGGCUUAGUUCCCCCACGGGAGUUCAUGUGUGGGAUAUAUAUAUCAAGAAAAAGUUUCGAAGGAGCAGAGUCGCGCUGUACGAUCGAUCGAUGCACUUGAAAAGGAAAUAAACAAACGGAUGGAUGGAUGUAUGGAUGGAUAGAUGGGUAGGUGGGCUGGGUCUGGUUCGGUGGCCUUUUGGGAUGCCACAUACAAUUGCGUGGAUUGCUAUACCUACUACCUAGCGCUGCUUGUUUAGCGUGCUUGCUUGCUUGCCUGCUUGCAACUCGGGGGGUUGCCCCCCUUCUAUUUUACUAUUACUAUUAUUAUCUUGAUACCAACAUGUGGGCGAAUCAUUCUUUCGCUACGAGAGAGAGAAAAUCCUCAUCUAUCUAUCUAUCUAUGUUUUAUCUAAUCAGGUUUUUUGU